AGGCGUUUGUUGAAAACAAGUCCGUCCUGUUCGUCCUUCCUCUCCUCUGGUAAACAGCUUGUCGCCGCGCAUGCAGUUGUCAUGGAUUUAACGGCAGACAUGGGUUUUCUGUGUUUAUUUGCACAUUUGCUACUCUUCCAUCGAGCUUUUGCGUCUGAAGACCAGUACGCAGCGACGAUUGGGGAGGAUGUCACUCUUCAGUGUCGGGCUCCCAGAGAUGCAGUCGUCACCGUGCUGGAGUGGAGCAAACCUGACCUGAGUCUGGACGAUUACGUCUUCUUCUACCGCAACGAACGCUCAUACGAGAAGUACCAGCAUUCGUCUUUUAGGGGGCGAGUCACGCUGCGAGAGUCCUCCAUGAAGGACGGAGACGUUUCCAUCGUGCUGAAGAACGUCACCGUCAGUGAUGCUGGAAGAUACAAGUGCAGAAUUAUAAUGAGCAAUGCAGCAAGCAGUGAGAGAGUCUUAAGUGAGGAAAGAUCCCUCAAUGUCACAGAAGCAGAACACAUGGAUGAAGACAGCGAGCCCGUCGGACGCGUCGGAAAAGCAAUUCAGAGAAAUGCGAAUCACGAAGGUGCACAGAGUGUUGCAGUCGCAGUUGGAGUGGUUUGUGUCCUUGUUGCUGCUGUUGGUUUGUUGGUGUAUAAAAGAAAACGGCCAUCCUCACUGACUUGCAACAAAGCCCUGAAAAAGAAAGGGGAACCAGAAGAGAUGAUUUGAAAACCUGAAUGUGAAAGACUGAGAAGCCUGGCUACGUGUAUAUAACAGUGUGAUUCAGCGUCUGAGAAAAGGGGACCAUGAAUAUUUCUCUGCUGUGAGAAACUAAAAAAGCAGAUGCAGGUCAUGAGACUGUCCACAAAUUUGUAGCAUUAAGCACUUUAUUCCUGUGAAACUGACCACUAAUCAAUUUAACAAUGACAGAGCAAGUUUUAUUUUUGUAUGUUGAUUGAGAAUGAAAGCUGUUUCUCUUUAAACCGUGGAGACUGGAGGUUAGAUUUUCA